AUGCUGCUCCCACGAUUACAGCCGCCGUUACGGGCAGCACUCACCUCAAUCGCUCGGUCCGGUCAAUCUUCAAGUCUCAACGAUGCUUUUGCGCAACUCGCGAUCAGAAGCCCGGUGUUGACGUUUGUGAGGCAUGCAUCGCACGCCCAGCAAGGAGCUGUGAAUAAGGCCAAAGAUGGACCGGGAAAGAGACUCGGUGCCAAGAAAUCUGGAGAACAAUAUGUCAUUCCUGGCAACAUCAUCUUCCGCCAACGCGGCACACACUGGUUCCCCGGCGAGAAUUGCGCCAUGGGCCGCGACCACACCAUCUACGCGACGGAAUCGGGAUACGUCAAGUACUACAAGGACCCCGAGACGCACCCCAAGCGCCAGUACAUUGGCGUGGUGUUUGAGCGGGCCCAGGUCCUGCCGUUGCCGCGGAAUAGCAUGAGGAGGCGGAGGUUGAACAUGGUGGCUGAGCAGAUGGAGACGCCGCCCAAGGUGGAGGUGAAGCUCAGGACUGAUUUGGCCGGGGGUGUGGACGCCGAUGGGAGUAAGAAGGGUGUUGUUAGUGUGAAGCAGGGCUCUGGGAAGGAGAGGAGGGGCGAGGAGGGGAGGGUUUUGACACUCAGGCCUGGAUAUAUGUAUCGGGAGGCUAAUUGGGAGAUUGGGAGGGCGGCUGAGAGGGCCAAGGUUAAGGUUA